UCCGCCCACACUCCGGUGUGUUCCGGCUGCACGUGACCCCGCCCCCAAAGCGCUAGGAUUGGUCGCGUUGUCUUCUGUUUGUUGUGAGGGGACGGAGGCCGCCAUCUUGUUCCCGGAGAUAGAAGCAGCGGUGCAUUACCCGUUACCGGAGAAGACUUGGUGACGUUGAUCCUCCGGUCCCUAUUCUAUCCCUACGGUGACAUAGCACCGGAACCGGCGGCCGUUUCGCUCCCCUUGUGCGGCGAGUGUCCGGUUUUCAUUGCUCUGGCGGGAGGAUGAACGGAGGAUAAAUGGUGCCCAAACCGGACAGCGGCACCUUCCUUGUCCUCUUCCUGCUUGUGCUGACCCUGACCGAGCCGCUGCGGCCAGGUCCUCAAGUAGUUCUCGCAAGACUGCAAUCAGAACUUCGCUGUACACAUGUGCAGUUUGCAUGCCACAGUGGAGCUAUCCAGUGCAUUCCCUUGCAGUGGCAAUGUGAUGGUUGGCCAACCUGUGAGGAUGAAAGUGAUGAGGUUAACUGUCCGGGACUGGGUGGAGACCAAAGAGGAUUUCAUGGAAAAGAGAGUGUGGAGACACGACACGGUCGCGUCAGAAACGGAGAGGGGCCUCGAUUCCAAACGGUUAACUUGGCCCAGCCUGUGCGCUUCAGUAGUUUCCUAGGGAAAUGCCCAUCAGGCUGGCAUCACUAUGAUGGGACAGCAAGCUGCUAUAAGGUGUACUCCUCCGGUGAGAACUACUGGGAUGCUGUUCAAACUUGUCACAAGGUGAAUGGCUCUCUUGCAACAUUUACCACAGACUCUGAGCUAAAGUUUAUCUUGGCCCAAGAAUGGGAGAUGGAAGAAAGGCCAUAUUUGAAAAAGGACCAGAGAAGACUUUGGGUAGGUUACCAGUUUGUAAUAACAAACAAAAACCAUUCCGUGGAGGGACACUGGGAAGUGGCUUACAAAGGCUCUUCUGAAGUAUUUUUACCUCCUGUUCCCAUUUUUGGAAUGUAUGAAAAUGAAAACAUCCUUUGUGCCCAGCUGCAGUAUUUCUAUUUGCCCUCUCUCCGGCACCAUGGACUCCAUAGCUGGUACGCUGAGAACUGCUAUGAAAAAUCCUCUUUCCUUUGCAAACGCAGUCAGACAUGUGUUGAUAUCAAAGAUAACAUUGUGGAUGAGGGCUACUAUUUUACCCCAAAAGGUGAUGAUCCAUGUCUCAGCUGCACCUGCCACAACGGUGAACCUGAAAUGUGUGUAGCAGCUCUAUGUGAGAAACCACAGGGUUGCCAGCAGUAUCUCAAGGAUCCAAAAGAAUGCUGUAAAUUCACUUGCCUAGACCCUGAUGGAAGCAGUAUUUUUGACUCAAUGGCCAGUGGUAUGCGUCUGAUUGUGAGCUGCAUCUCCUCUUUCCUUAUACUGUCUCUACUGCUCUUUAUGGUUCACCGGCUACGCCAGAGAAGGAGGGAACGCAUAGAGUCUUUAAUUGGAGCCAAUUUACAUCAUUUUAACUUGGGCCGCAGAAUGCCAGGCUUUGAUUAUGGACCUGAUGGCUUUGGUACUGGCCUGACACCACUCCACCUUUCAGAUGAUGGAGAAGGAGGAGCCUUCCACUUUCAUGAGCCACCUCCUCCAUAUACUGCAUAUAAGUACUCUGACAUCCAUCCCCCAGAUGGGCCACCUCCACCAUAUGAGGCUUCAAUAUGCCCUGAUAUCAUUCUCUGCUCAACAACUGAUCAAGUGAGUCGGCAGUCAGCUGGCUUGGGGCAACUCUCCACUGCAAGCAGUAGCAAUGCCUCUUCACCACAAACUACAGAGGAACCAUUGCCACCUGCAGUGCCACCACUUCCUCAACCACAAAGUGAUACAGAAGACUCUGAAGACAGAAGCACUUCACUACUUGUGGCCCCUAAUAUUCUUCAAAAUGAAGCUUUCCCUAAUGCUGGUCAAUCUGGGCCCUCGCCAAGUAACUGUUCUCUAAACACUGUUGUUUGAGAUUGGAGAGGAAAAAAAGGAACUGGCAUUGUGACAUUACAAACCAGAAUGAACUGCAAGAAGGCUCCCAGAUCACACAUCCUUAUUUUUUAAAAAGGAAAAAAAAUCUCAUUAACCACUUUUUGCUACCUAAGGUGUUUCUGCCAUUGCACACAAAGCUACUGAGGCAAGUCAAGUGUUAACUAGGCACGUUACACCACAAUGUUAAAUCGGAUGAGUUAUCGUGUAAAUAUUACAUUUCAAGUGCUGCACUUUCUCCAUUCCCCCUUGAGUGUAUGUGUGAGAGUGUGAGGAAGACGUUGUCUUCUGUAGAGUUUUUAUACAUAUUUUUUGAAUUUUGAUUCUACUUUUUGUUUCUCUGAAUUGAAUAACUUGCAAUAAUUGAGCAAGAAACCGCAUUCAUGGGACCCUCCGAUUCUGUAACUUCAGCUCCAGCACAAUGUAAAAUGAUGACAUAAGCACAGGGAAAGCCAACAGAAUUUUUGCAACUACUUUCACAGCAAUGAUUCGACUGCCAUUUUGUCUUGGGCAGAAUUGGAUGUAAAAUAUUUAGCGCUAUCCCCACAUCCUAAACAUUCUGAGACUUGCAAGGUGUGGACAAUCUCUACUCUUGGGACCAGAAGCUUUUAAGAUAUUACUUUUCCCUACUUGUAAACAACAGUUUUACUUACACAUUCACAUCAGUGUCCAUAUUUUGCUUAAGUUCAGGUGAUAUACAGUGGUCUCCAUACCAAAUGCUUUAUUACCAUAUCAUAGCAUGAUGACAUAUGAUAUGCUAGGAUUAUUCUAAGAGGUUUCAUAGCUUGAUAACUGUCUUGUUAGUUUUCCUUCUUUAGUUGGAAACCUCCCUGAUCAUCUAGAUUCAAAGAGGAAUGUAAAGGAAUUGAUCUUGAAACACUGGGUUUGAACAAAUAAUUUUGCAUAGCUUGGCAAUUUGAUUUGCUCUUUAAAUGUGCUUUUGCCUGUCUGUACAACAUCAACAAUGUUAAAUGAGUUGUUUCUCCUACUGGCACUUAAUGUGUAAAAGCACUGACUGCUUUGUGAAGGCUGUGUACGAUUUCCAGGACAAUAUAUUGUGCUACAGUUCCAUGCUGUUUAGAGAUUUCAGAGCAUAAAGCUGUAAAGACCUAAGAUGCAUGAUUUUGCGUGAUGUUUGCGCUUUUAAAAUUUGGUGUUUUUAAAAAAAAAUUAUUUUUUUUAAAAUAUGGAAUAGUAUUCAAGAAGAUUUCUAUAUGCACCCAGAUAUUGCAUCGCUCUUGACCUAUACUUAAAAUGUGUUGCUAAAACACACACACACAAACGCCAUACUACAGUCACUCAGAUUUAGUAAUAUUUUCAAACAGGCUUUUUUUUUGUUUUAUUUUUUUAAAGGGGUUUUCAAACAGUCUUCAACCCACUAUAACACAUAACUAAGUCUAACUUGUAUUCAUUGCCCUUUUAUGUUUCUUGUUUUGAUCUUCACCCCAGUACUUCUGUUAGGCUAGGUACACACUACGGAAUUGCUGGGCAGAAUUUCUGCCGGAGAUCGAGCCGGCAGCACUAGGACCACACGGACUGCAUUGCCGUCCCCAUAGAUGGCAAUGCAUUUCUGGGUGGAUCUUUUGGGAGAUCUGCUAAGAAAUGCAUUGACAUUUCUGGGGACGGUAAUUCAGUCCGCACGGUCCUAGUGCCGCCGUCUUGAUCUCCGGCAGAAAUCUGCCCAGAGAAAAUCCACAGUGUGAACCCAGCCUUAUUGUUGUUGCAGACAAGGAAGAAAAUGGGUGGUCCAGCACAGCUUGUCAUUUGACUGCUCUUUUUCUAUAUGUGUUUCUGACAUAUAUCGAUGAGUUUACUUUGCUCAUGUUUUGUCAUGAGUCUUGAUUAUAAUGUUGGGAACGCCCCUUUAAAAUGACGCCACAAAAAUUUGGAGCCGAGAUAAUUUUUCAGGAUAAAGAAAUCAAGUAGAAUGUUGCUAAAGCCUCCCACAAUAAACCUUUAUACCCUUACUCCUGAGUACUAAUGUACAUUACCCUCAGAUGUUUAAGAUAACAAAAAGGAGUGACUGUUAUAGCCAAAUGGUUAUCCUGUGUUCUCUGUCUUAGGCCUGCAUUCACACCACGUUUUACAAUACACUUCCUGUAUCAGGCUUUUGAUGAAAAACAGAUUCCUCAAUACCGGACUACACUGUAUCAAAACGUGUGUACAAAUGUUAACCCGUAUACUGUUAAAAGCCGCAUACGGUUUGAGAAAAAUAUGUCUGGUUACAUCCGGUUUUAAGAAAAAAAAAAAAUGUAUACGUUUUUAACUUUUCACUCCAUUAUGAAUAAAGUUUCACUUGUUUGAUUUGAAAGUCCCCCCCCAAAAACAAAAUGUGCAAUGUCAAAAAUCGUAUGGUGCAAACCGGAUGGAACGAUACGCACAUACGGUUCUGUGUUGUUCCCAUUGACUCCCAUGUUAAAAAAAUAAAUAAAAAAACAUAUAUGCUUUAAUACGGUUUUUCACCCAGACCAAAAACUAUGGUAGGCUACGGUUUUGGGUGCAGGAAAAAAACUGACAAAACCGUACAGGAUGCAAAACGGAUGCAUUGUUUGGCAUACGCUUUUCAAUGGAGAGUCAAUGCAUAUAUAGUUGACUUUGUUUGCAGAAGUUUUUACAAAACGAGAAAAAAAAUGUGUUUUAAUGCCUUGACCAUACAAAGCCUAUAUGUUGUUUGUCAGGCAGAGACAUAAGUCAGUAGCAGUUUCCUCCAUGUAAAUUGGCUUGUCAUUGCAAGACACAACUCAGUCUUCGAGCUCCAAGUUUUAAAUAAAGCUUCAUGCUUUAUUGGUAUUUUUGGUAAGAAUUGCCUCAAUGAAAAAGCCUUCCGGUUUCCAGUCCUCCUUAGGCAUGGCUAAAAUAAUAAAGUACACAAACAUCAAAACACUAGAACGUUUACAUACUAUUCACUCAUCACUUGGGUGAUGUUGUCAUCAUAGGAUUAUAAUAAGAUAUCCCCUUUCCACACUUUCAUUAGAUACAUAAUACCAUGGAUCUACUAAUUACAGUGGUCCCUCAACAUAUGAUGGUAAUUCGUUCCAAACGACCCAUCGUUUGUCGAAUCCAUUGUAUGUUGAUGGAUUCGUGCAAUGUAAAAAAGAUAUUAUAUACUCACCUGUCCCCGCCACUCUGGACCGCGUCCUCACCGCUCCCGAUGCUGUCCCAGGGGCUCCCGAUGCUGUCCCGCUGCUCCGGCAUCUUCCACAUCUUCUCCAGUGUCCGGGCCUCGCUUUCUGGUAACGUUAUUACGUUGGUGCGCCGGGACGGCGUGUGCAGCGACGUAAUAACGACGCCGGAAAGCGAGGCCCAGACCCCGGAAAAGAUGCAGAAGACUCCAGAGGAUCGUGAAGUGGACCCGGAGCAGCGGGGAUAGGUAAGUGAACCUGUCCGGGAUACUUAAACUGCUAUCCCACAGCAGCUUAAGCAUUUUGCACUGUCGGAUAGCAGUUAAUGCGAUGGCCCCGACGUAUAAAAGCAUCGUAUGUCGAUGCUGACAUUGACAUGCAAUGGCGUCUGAGAGUCCAUCGUAUGUCGAUUUUAUCAUAUGUCGGGGCCAUCGCAUGUCGGGGGGUCACUGUAUAUAGAAACACAACACAUAUUGGCAGGAGGAGGUAUAUAUUUAUUUGCAUAUAUGCAGAAGAAAAAUUUUUCUAAUAUCCUAAAACAGAUGGUAAAUGUCCCAGAGGCCCAAAGUCUUUGAUUUGAUUACACGUCAAUUAUAUGAGAGAGUUUAUGCUGUAAUAUCAUGUGAAAAAUUAAUGUGUGUGGCAGACCAGAUGUUGUUAAAUAAUAUAUCUCUUUAACAAUCAUAGUUUCAUCCAUCAUAGCUUGGAAAAACAAACUGUACAGAAUCACUGCAUAUAGUGAACACUUAUAGAUAAGUCCAUAAGACCUACAAAAAGUUUGUUUGGAUAACAUUUGAAUAGCAUUCAGCUACAUUAUCAUCAUAGAAAGAAGAGUUGCAUAAGAAGAGUACUCUUGGAUUGCUCCCUUAAAGGGGUACUCCGGUGGAAAACUUUUAUUUUAUUUUUUAAAUCAACUGGUGCCAAAAAGUUAAACAGAUUUGUAAAUUACUUCUAUUAAAAAAAAAAUAAUUCUUCCAGUAUUUAUUAGCUGCUGAAUACUACAGAGGAAAUUAUUUUCUGUCUGUCCACAGUGCUCUCUGCUGACACCUCUGUCCAUUUUAGGAACUGUCCAGAGCUGCAUAUGUUUGCUUUGGGGAUUUUCCUGAAAAGAACAGAGGUGUCAGCAGAGAGCACUGUGGACAGACAAAAGAAAUCCAAAAAGAAAAGCAUUUCCUCUGUAGUAUACAGCUGCUAAUAAGUACUGGAAGGAUUAAGAUUUUUUAAUAGUAGGAAUUUACAAACCUGUUUUUACUUUCUGGCACCAGUUGAUAAAAAAAAAAAAAAAAAAAAAAGUUUUCCACUGGAGUACCCCUUUAACAGCAAGUUGUACCAUGAAUGAUAAUAUAUACUUAUGUUUUAGCAUCAGUUUGUACAUUAAAAUAGGAUAUAUCUUACUACUUCAUAAAAUGGAGGAAUUUAUUAUGUGUGUGUGUGUGUGUGUGUGUGUGUGUGUAUAUAAUGUGUACACCUCAAAUGAUGAUCCAAAAUCUCUGAAUCACUGAAGAAUCAGUAAGGGUAGGAGAACAUGGUGUGGAUAUGUGGAUAUAUAGCUUAUGUAAAGUAUAUUAAUGUUUGACCACCACAUGGAAACUAAACUUUAAAAGUGCUCUGUACUGUUACUAUGGUUAUAUACUAUGUGAUUGAUCCUUCACAAUAUAUGCUGCCAACUUCCCUCUGGAUCGCUAAAAAGGCCAUUGUCACUAGGAGGGUCUUCCCAAGCCGCAGAUCUGGCUUCCUGGAUACCUCUUGGGUUGCUUUAUAGCAGUAGAGAGAUUUGGAACUUGACAGGCUGCAGACCUAAGUUUGAGGGCCAUGUUCUUCCACCACCUAACAGAAUUACUGUAAGUGGUUUUUACAGAGCUGUAACUAGAUCAUAUACUGUAUAAAGUCAUUAAAGGUGAUAGCUAAGACAAUUUUGUAUUAGAGCCCCCUUUGAGUGUCAAGCUUAAUUAGAGGGAAACUUUUCAGGUUUUAAUCAGACUUCUUCUUUAAUAGAAGGAAUCACUUCUAGAUGCUGGACAGUAUUGGCUGGCCCGAACCAAUCUAAUGGAUGCUGUGGUAGGACGUGUUUUUGUUUUUACUUUUUAUUUUUGCUUUAAUUCUAAGAGAGCAGAAAGUAGUCCCCUUCUCCAUUGUUCUGGGUGCCUUUUAUAGAUUCUCCUUGAGAUGGCUGUUCUGACCCAGUGGGUGAAGGGAAUCGUUUACAAGCCACUAUCGCAGGGCAGGAGGUCCAGAAAUGUGCGUUCAUAAAAAUAAAAGAAAAAGCUGUUUCUGCAAUGUCGAUUUUCAAAUUUUGUGACUGAUUUUACCUGUGGCAAUGUGUAAAUAAUUUUGAUAUACCAUGUAGAUAUGACACUUGAUGCUGUAUCUUUCAGCCCCUGUGACUUUUUAGUUAAAUUGUUUUGGGUUGCUAAGCUUCAUUUAACACUAAAUCUACUGAUUUUCUUUUCCUCAUGUUACUGUGAGAAACAUUGCAUUCAGAUGGCAAAAUAAAACUGUAUUCUGGAAUUUUCAUGUCUAUGUCGCUAUAUUUGGUCACAUUUAACUUUUCAUUAAAAAAGUAACAUGAAAACAA